AUGUCUUCAACAACUUUAGGAAUCCAGAUGAGAAACGUCGUGAUCCUCGCUGUUGGUUCAUUCAAUCCUCCAACAUUUGGACAUCUCCGUAUGCUUGAAGAUGCAAAGGAUUCCUUGCAAAAAGCUGGAAUAAAUGUUUUGGAAGGAAUUAUGAGUCCUGUCAGCGAUGGAUAUGGCAAGAAAACGCUGAUCAGUUCGGAUCACAGAUUUGCAAUGGUUGUUGCGGCAACACAAGACUCAGACUGGAUUCGUGCGGAUUCUUGGGAAUGUUCGAAAUCCGAGUGGACAACAACACUCAACGUCCUGAAACAUCACGAACAUGAUGUCAAGGAGCGCUUCGGAGACGAUGUCGGAAUAUACCUCCUUGUUGGAGGCGACGUCGUCGAGACCUUUGACAAGUUCAAUGCUGAUGGGUCCCCAGUUUGGAAAAGAGAGGACGUUGAAAUGCUGGUUUCAAUUGGUUUGGUUGUUCAGCCAAGACCAGGUUCAGAUCCUGAGAAAACUUUGGAAAUUCUGGGAUUGCAGGGAGGAGACAUUAAUGUUCACAUGAUCAGAAACGAGAUUGCUUCGAAUGCUAUCAGCUCGACUCGUCUCCGUGCAGCAAUUAAGGAGCACCGUUCCAUCAAAUACACAACUCCAGAAUCGGUUAUCAAAUACAUCAAGGAAAAUAAGCUCUAUGAAUAG